GGGAAAAAUGGCAGGUUGCUUGCGCUUGAGCUUAAUUUUCCUGUGUUUAUUUAUUUGUUGUUGCAGCGAGCGUGUGAUGGGAGGAGAUCCCGAUUCCUUGCAAGAUUUCUGUGUUGCAGACAGGCAAGGCCAAGUUUCGGUGAACGGCUUCACUUGCAAGGACCCCAAAAUGGUUUCAGCAGAGGACUUCUUCUUCAGCGGGCUUCGACGAGGGGACACGAGUAACGCUGUAGGGUCUAACGUAACAGCAGCCAACGUUAACCAGAUUCCGGGGUUAAACACACUGGGAAUAUCAUUGGUCCGCAUAGACUACGCUGUGGAUGGAAUUAAUCCUCCUCACACCCAUCCAAGAGCCACAGAAAUCCUUGUUUUACUUAAAGGCCAACUGCUAGUGGGAUUCAUCGAUACUACAAACAAGUUUCACAGCACGGUGUUGAAGAAAGGAGACGUGUUUGUGUUUCCCAAGGGAUUGCUCCAUUUCCAGCAGAAUGUGGGGCAGCGAAAUGCGGUGGCCAUCGCUGGGUUGAGCAGCCAAAAUCCAGGAGUUCAGGUUACUGCCAAUUCCCUCUUUUCAGCAAAUCCUCCUUUGCCAGAUGGUGUUUUAGCCAAGGCCUUCCGCAGUGAUAAAACAGUAGUCGAUUUCAUUCAGGGCAAAUUCAUGUAAUAGCUUCCAUGGAUUCUUCUGGUAUUCCUUCUUUAUCAUUCCUCAAUAAAUUGAACAAGUGGUCAGGCA